UUAGACUUGUUGAAAGAAUCCUGAUACAUUCCUAUAAUGGCCACUGCUCAGCUCUCUCACUCCAUCAGAAUUCAUAAGGCAUCUAAGGAAACAGUUUUCCCAUCACAAAUCACUAAUGAGCAUGAAUCAUUGAUAAUGGUGAAGAAACUUUUUGCUACUUCUAUCUCAUGUAUAACGUAUCUAAGGGGCCUGUUUCCAGAGAGCUCUUAUGGAGAACGCCAUUUGGAUGACCUCAGUUUAAAAAUCCUCCGAGAAGACAAAAAAUGUCCUGGGUCACUGCAUAUUAUCAAAUGGAUUCAAGGUUGUUUUGAUGCUUUGGAAAAGAGAUACCUACACAUGGCAGUGCUUACACUUUACACAAAUCCCAAGGAACCUGAGAAAGUGACUGAGAUAUACCAGUUCAAAUUCAAAUACACAAAAGAAGGAGCCACUAUGGAUUUUGACAGUAGUAGUACAAGCUUCGAAAGUGGAACAAACAGUGAAGAUAUUAAGAAAGCCAGUGUUCUACUGAUCCGUAAAUUGUAUAUACUGAUGCAGAACCUUGGACCCCUUCCUAAUGAUGUUAUACUUACUAUGAAACUCCACUACUAUAAUGCAGUGACCCCACAUGAUUACCAACCCCCCGGUUUUAAAGAAGGGGUAAACUCACACUUCCUGCUGUUCGAGGGAGAGCCCAUAAACCUGCAAGUGGGAUUGGUCUCCACUGGCUUUCAUAGCAUGAAAGUAAAAGUCACAACCGAGGCCACCAGAGUGUCUGAUUUGGAGAACAAUCUCUUUCAGGAGAAUGGCACUACCGAGAUUGCGCAUCAGGGUCUAGACUGUGACGAGGAAGAAGAAGAAUGCAACGAUCACAUUCAAAGAAUGAAUUUUGUGUGCAGUCAGCAAAGUUCUGAGAGCUCCAGGAAGAAGAGGAAGGUCAGCGAACCAGUGAAAGUCUUCAUCCCUGACAGAAAAUGAAAGUUAGAUCCCUUCAUUACAUUUAUGCUAAAAUAAUUUUAUUUUGCAACAAACAUGCAUGAAGCGUCUUAGUAGGAAAGUAAGUUUCUAUCACCAAAACCUUUUACUAAAUUUGUUGCUCAAC